GGCGGUUGUGAAGGUACUGCCAUAAACAGAGCGCAGACUGCGCCUUUAAGAAGUGCAAAUCGAAACAGUAAAGCAUUCGCGGUGUCAAUGUACUAACAAUGAAUUUAAUCGAUAUGGUCUUGAUACAACUCCUGCUGUUGUUUAAUUGCAUAUGGAAUAUUAAAGGUCAGUAUGGAAACCCUCUGAACAAGUACAUCCGCCACUAUGAGGGCCUGUCCUACGACACCGAGGCCCUGCACAGCAACCACCAGAGAGCCAAGAGGGCCGUCUCCCACGAGGACAAGGUCCUGCAGCUUGACUUCCACGCACACGGAAGACAUUUCAAUCUGAGGAUGAAGAGGGACACCAGCCUGUUCUCUCCAGACCUCACGGUAGAGGUGUCAGGAGUGGAGGCGCCCUACGACCCCUCCCACAUUUACACUGGAGAAAUCUUCGGUGAGAAGGACACUCUGACCCACGGCUCGGUGGUGGGCGGCAGGUUUGAAGGCUUCAUCCAGACCCACCAGGGCAUGUACUACGUGGAGCCUUCGGAGAGGUACCUCAAUGACAAAGACGUGCCCUACCACUCAGUCAUCUACCACGAGGGGGACAUCAAUUACCCUCAUAAGUAUGGCUCAGAGGGAGGCUGUGCUGACCACUCAGUGUUUGAAAGGAUGAAGAAGUACCAGGCCUCGGCUAUGGAGGAGCCUCUCAAGGAUCCCAGCAGUGUGGUGGAGGAAGAGGAGAGGUCCCAUGGACAUGGUCCGGUGAUCCUGAGGAAGAAGAGAGCAGCUCAGAUAGAGAAGAACACCUGCCAGCUCUUCAUCCAGACUGACCACCUCUUCUUCAAGUACUACGGCACCAGAGAGGCUGUCAUCGCACAGAUUUCCAGCCAUGUAAAGGCCAUUGACUCCAUCUACCAGGGUACUGACUUCCUGGGCAUCCGUAACAUCAGCUUCAUGGUCAAAAGGAUCAGGAUUAACACGACCAGUGAUGAGCGGGACAUCACCAAUCCAUUCCGCUUCGCUAACAUCGGGGUGGAGAAGUUCCUGGAGCUCAACUCAGAACAGAACCAUGAUGACUAUUGCCUGGCCUACGUCUUCAGCGACAGGGACUUUGACGACGGGGUGCUGGGCCUGGCCUGGGUCGGAGCUCCUGCAGGGAGCUCUGGAGGUAUCUGUGAGAAGAGUAAGUUGUACUCUGAUGGGAAGAAGAAGUCUCUGAACACAGGCAUCAUCACGGUGCAGAACUACGCCUCCCAUGUCCCCCCCAAGGUCUCCCACAUCACCUUCGCACACGAGGUUGGACACAACUUUGGCUCUCCGCAUGACUCUGGGACAGAGUGCACCCCAGGAGAGUCCAAGGCCCAGGAGAAGAAGGAGCAGGGGAACUACAUCAUGUACGCCCGGGCCACGUCAGGGGACAAGCUCAACAACAACAAGUUCUCCAUCUGCAGCGUGAGGAACAUCAGUCAGGUCCUGGAGAAGAAGAGGGGCAACUGCUUUGUGGAGUCUGGCCAGCCCAUCUGUGGUAAUGGUCUGGUGGAGGCAGGGGAGCAGUGUGACUGUGGUUACAGUGACCAGUGUAAAGACGAGUGCUGCUACAACGCCAACGAGGCCGACGGCAACAAGUGCAAACUUAAGCCCGGCAAAAUCUGCAGUCCCAGCCAGGGUCCGUGCUGUACACCGACGUGCAACUUCAAGGGCUCCAAUGAUAAGUGUAGGGAGGAGUCGGAGUGUGCUGAACAGGGCAUGUGUAACGGAGGCACUGCCCAGUGCCCCACCUCUGAACCCAAAGCCAACUUCACCGCCUGCCAUGGAGAGACACAAGUCUGCCUCAACGGGGGCUGCUCUGGCUCCAUCUGUGAGAAGUAUGGUCUGGAGGUGUGUACCUGUGCCAGUAUUGAGGGAACAGACGAGACUGAGCUGUGCCACGUCUGCUGUCAGGAGAGAAUGAAACCUGACACCUGCAGCAGCACGGGCUCCGAGAAGUGGGCACGCUUCUUCAGCAAGAAGAUCACCACGCUGCAGCCAGGCUCCCCCUGCAAUGACUUCAAGGGUUACUGCGACGUGUUCAUGAGGUGCCGGCUGGUGGACGCAGACGGCCCCCUGGCCAGGCUAAAGAAAGCCAUCUUCAACGCAGAGCUCUACGAGAACAUUGCGGAGUGGAUAGUGGCUCACUGGUGGGCAGUGUUGCUGAUGGGCAUUGCUCUCAUCAUGCUGAUGGCUGGUUUCAUCAAGAUUUGCAGUGUUCACACACCCAGCAGCAACCCCAAACUGCCCCCACCCAAGCCACUGCCAGGCACGUUGAAGAGGAGGAGACAGCAGCAAUCGAAUGGCCAGCAGCCCCAGCAGCAGCGCAACCAACGCCAGCCCAGAGAGAACUAUCAGUUGGGUCAGAUGAGACAUUAAGACACUGGGCCCUCUUUGCCUUGGUUCUUCCUAGUGCCUACAGUGGGAACAUUUCACUCCAAAGAGUUACCUGUACCAUUCAUUGCAACCACCCAUCUGCAAAGCUGAAACUGUCAACAGAACUGAUUUCAAUAGACAAGACGUACAGUUCCAGGACCUAACAGACUCACUCAACACCACUGCUCUGGGAGCCAGCUGUCCUUCACACAGCUGUAAGCAGAAAAUAUUAUAGGAAAGCUCUUGGCAAUGACGGGAAGAGAAAAUGACUGAUUUCUGUUUCUUUAUUUUUUUACUGGAGUGCAGGGGAGAGCAGCAGCAUUGUGGUAAUGCAGCUUCUCCUCACCUCCUUUUUAGCUUCUUUCUUUCAUCUGUUUUUCCUUUCUGAAGUGCUGCCCUCCUGAGCAGGAAAACAGGACUGCAGGUCACAUGGGUUUUUGCUGCUAUGCAAAGCCAGGAUGUGAGACAUUGUCGCAGAAGAGACUAAUUUGCCAAUGUAAUUAUUAUUUUUUAAAUCAAAACAUAAGAAAAAAUGCACAGGCUUUUAUUUCCAAAGCAUACAUGUUCUUUCUGCGUGCAAUUGUACAGAUAUUGAGAUUAUAGAUUUUUUUUCUUUGUAUCAUAUGAAAUCGAUUGUUUUCCUGCUGUCUGAUAAAGAUUAUUUACUGUUUUAAUUCACUCUCUCAGGAUUAAUAAAACAACAAAAAGCGCUGUCUGUCA